AUGCGGCCAACAGCACGAUGCCUGACGCCCGGCUUUUUCAGGCGCAGCCUCGAUGAGUUCAAGCGAUUGUCUAAUAUCGCGCUCAAGCUUGAGGGAUUGCGGUCGCCCACGAAACCGUUUCCUUUGAUACUGUUUGAUUCGCAAAACGCCAUCACGCGGUGCAAACGCAUGAGCGACAAAGACAUCGGUGGCUUCUCUUCUGCCAACCUCGACUUCCACGCUGCUACGCCGACCGAGCCUGCGCACGCUCGCUUCCACGGCAAAAUAUCUGUCGAGCUUCCCAAAGAUCAGCCGCAUGUGCAGCGUACUGGCUACGCUGGCUGGCGCACACUGGACCGUGGCUUUACCAUCUUUGGGAAGUCGCUGUGGGACGUGGAUUCAUAUGCCUAUCUGGCGAUUCAAUUCAAGUCUGAUGGCCGCAAAUACUUUGUCAAUGUCCAGACUGAGUCGAUUGUCCCGACAGACAUCCACCAACACCGUCUCUACUCAAAGACGCCUGGUGAAUGGGAGACUAUCCUGAUCAAAUGGAACGAAUUUGUGCGCACAAACCAUGGCCAAGUGGUGGAGCCGCAGAGGGAGAUGCUCACGCAGAAAGUUCGGACAAUAGGCACGGCGUUAAUCGACCGUAUACCAGGACCAUACGAUCUAAGCAUAAGCAAGGUGUGGGCGACCAAUCUUGGAAAGGACGACGACAUCUUGGCGUCGGUAAAGGGUGCCAUUUCGGGGCUCCCUGCAUCUUCAGCACCACAGCGCAGCUUCGACAAAGUCGAGAAACCAAAGUCAGUGCUUUCAGGUGACCACAUAUCAUAG